CAUUGUUGUCCUGCCAUUCAGGGCUGGCUGUAUGCAUUUUACCAUAUCAUUUGUGUCACAUUAAGAUCAAUUGGGAGGGAAAUAAUCAAAGUGCUAACUGAAUAAAUCUGAAACCUAUAAAAAUAUUACUCAUACGACGCGUGUACAAAUCCUCGGGCCCUUAGCAAUGAUGCAAACCCUGAAACCACCGCCGCCGCUACAUCAUCAUCACCAUCAGCAGCAGCAGCAGCCGCCGCCGCAACAGCAGCAACAGCAUCCGCAGCAGCAGCAGCUACUACAGCAACAACAUCCACAGCAACUGCAGCAGCAUCAACAACAACAUCUGACAGUCAUGGAUAAUCACCAACAGCAACAUCAGCCGCAUAUCCAUCAGCAACAGCAGCAGCAACAAUUGCCACCCACGCCGCAGGCAUCUCACCUGGUCGGCGGUGGGCAGCAUCCGCACCACAAUCACAAUCACAAUCACCUGGCUGUCGACCAGGAUGACCCAAAUCCUGAACUGGUGCUAGCCUUAAUUUCCAGGAACCGAGCGCUCGAGGCUACAAUCCCAAAGUGCGGCGGCUGUCACGAGCUGAUCCUGGACAGGUUCAUCCUGAAGGUGCUGGAGAGGACGUGGCAUGCGAAAUGUUUGCAGUGCAGCGAAUGCCAUGGCCAGUUGAACGACAAGUGCUUCGCGCGGAACGGCCAGCUCUUCUGCAAGGAGGACUUCUUCAAGUCGAACAGACGUUACGGUACAAAGUGUUCCGCUUGUGAUAUGGGCAUACCGCCCACGCAGGUGGUGCGUCGGGCCCAGGACAACGUCUACCAUCUGCAGUGCUUCCUUUGUGCCAUGUGCUCCCGCACCCUCAACACCGGCGACGAGUUCUACCUGAUGGAGGACCGCAAGCUCAUCUGCAAGCGCGACUACGAGGAGGCCAAGGCCAAGGGUCUUUAUCUGGAUGGCUCGCUGGAUGGAGACCAGCCCAAUAAGAGACCCCGCACCACGAUUACCGCCAAGCAGCUGGAGACCCUGAAAACCGCCUACAACAAUAGCCCCAAGCCCGCCCGCCAUGUACGUGAGCAGCUCUCCCAGGACACGGGCCUGGACAUGAGAGUGGUGCAGGUGUGGUUCCAAAACAGGCGGGCCAAGGAGAAACGACUGAAAAAGGAUGCGGGUCGCACACGUUGGAGCCAGUACUUCCGUUCGAUGAAGGGCAACUGCUCGCCUCGGACCGACAAAUUCCUUGACAAGGAUGAGCUGAAGGUCGACUAUGACAGCUUCAGUCAUCAUGAUUUAAGCAACGAUAGCUAUAGUACCGUCAAUUUGGGCCUGGACGAGGGCGCUUCGCCCCACAGCAUCCGGGGAUCGUACAUGCACGGCAGCUCCAGUCCAUCGCAGUAUCCGCCGAGCAGUCGGUCACCGCCGCCAGUGGGCCAGGGACACACCUUCGGCUCCUAUCCGGAUAACAUCGUGUACACCAAUAUAGAUCAUGCUGUGGGUACCAAUCUGCAUGCCAGCAAGUCGCACCAUCGCCUGCACAGUAGCAACAAUGUCUCGGAUCUGAGCAACGAUUCCAGUCCGGAUCAAGGCUAUCCAGAUUUUCCGCCUAGCCCUGACUCCUGGCUGGGGGACUCCGGCAGUACUAACACUACCAGCGCCAACAACAACAAUAACAAUGCGAACAACAGUGGCAGCAGUGGCAACAACAACAACACUGGCAGCAACAGCAACGCGGGCGGUGGUAGUGGCAGUGUAAGUGCCGCCUCCAAUCCGCCUCCCGGAGUACAUUACUGAUACUCAGAUCUUCUUUUGCGUUAUUUUGAGAUGCAGCGCAGUCUGCUGUUUCAGCAGUGACGGGGCUAACAUAGUCGUUACUAUUUUCACAUAACUUUUAAUUUUAAUUUUGACGUACCGGUUGCAAGCCCGGUUGGCAACAUCUGUUAGCAACAUUAGCAGCCUCGCCAUUUUGAAAGCUCUCCGCAGCAACAUUAGCAAAGCUUAAACCUUCAACAAUGUGGCAACGCUGCAACACACAUAUUGUUUAUGCACUUCUAUUAUUAUUUAAAAACAAAACCAAAAAAAAAAAACAUUCCAAAACAAACAAAAAAAAAAACCAAAUACAAUUUGCUCAAAAUCCUAUGAUUUAUCUUCGAGACACGGCUUGAAUGUUACUAAGCGUUAUGAUUCCACGAGAAAAUCGCUCUAUCAUUUACAUAUUUGUAACCCUGAUAUUUUCAUGUAAAUAUUGUAUAUUUGUGUAUAGUGAAUGGAAACUAAAACUGAAUUUUAAAUUAAUUUAAGUCUGUAUAGCGUCAAACAAAUGCGGGACAUCGAGUGGGGUAGCAACAUGUUGACGAUCGGCACCCCCAAUCCCCCAAAAAAAAAAAACAAAAAAAAAACCAAACAAAAAAAAACACAAGUUAUUUAUUGCUUUAUAUAGGAAUACAACAAAAAUUGCAUAGGAGAAAUAUCAAUUACGAAAACGUGAUGUCGUAUUUAUAUCUAAAGAAAAAACCAAAAACAAAACAAAAAAUAUUUCAACCAUAGAAAUGUCAGUAAUGAAGCAACUACGUAAAACAAAUGAUAAAACAAAUGCGAUGGAAUAAAUUACUAUUUGACAUAUAAGAAUAAAAGACAACCAAAAAAUUGUUAACCAAAA